UUGUGUAGUUCACAGCUCGACCUAAACCCUAAACCAAAGCAAUUGGAAAUAGGGUUUUAUCAAGGGCUCAGAGGCCACAGCGGAAAGAUUUACUAAAUGGGUGUAUCCAAUAAAGAGUCCAGACGGUUUAAUGAGGAUUCCAUGGAAGAGGAUGAUUUGGAAGAUGUGUCUGAACCAGAAUCCGAACCAGAAUCAGAACCAGAAUCUGAAGAUGAGGAAGAUGUGAAAUUGACUGAACCAUCAAAGAAAGCCAUAUUCAACAGAGAUGGUCUCCUUGAUAAACUUGGAGAUAUUAGCUGGCCGGAGAAUGCUGGAUGGGUGCACAAACUUUCUGUUGAUAUUGAUCAAGAGCAACAGGUGGACGUGAAUGAUGACCUAACUCGGGAGCUCGCAUUUUAUACCCAGGCUCUAGAGGGAACAAGAAAGGCAUUCGAGAAGCUUCAGUCAAUGGGGCUUCCUUUUCUCAGGCCUGAGGACUACUAUGCGGAAAUGGUGAAGACAGAUUCCCACAUGGAGAGAGUGAAAAGCCGGCUUUUGGUAGAGAAGAAGAAGAUUGAGGAAGCCGAUGAGAGAAGGAAAGCUAGAGAGGCCAAGAAAUUAUCUAAAGAGAUUCAGACUCAGAAGUUGAAAGAGAGAGCUAAGCAGAAGAAGGAGGACAUAGAGUCUGUGAAGAAGUGGAGGAAGCAGAGGCAGCAGAGUGGGUUUGCUGGGGGUGACAAAGGCAGUGAGUUGGAUUUGGCAUUCGAAGAUGGGAAACCAUUUGAGAAGUCAAGUAAUAAGAGGCCAGGUGUAGCUCCAGGAGAUCGGUCGGGAGGGAAGGCAAGACAAGGUGUGAAGGUGGGAAAGAAACCGAAGAAGAGGGAUAUCAAGGAUUCCAAGUUUGGAUAUGGAGGGAGGAAAGGUUCCAAGAAGCAAAAUAUGGCUGAAACCACCAAUGAUUUGAGAGGCUUCAAUAAAGAUUCUCUCUCAGGAAAUAAGAAAAGGAAGAGGUGAUACCAUCUUAGGAUUUUGUUUUUGUACUGGUCUUUCUUUCUGGUAAGGGCUUGCCUGUUUAGCCUAUUAAUUUUUGCUGGUGACUUUAAUACAUGUGAACUUUUAAGUGUGUUAAUCCUUGCACCAUCACUACUGACCUUGAAAGUGGUGGUUGUGCUUCUUGGUGGAUGAUCAUAGUAUGAAGUAAUAUUUUUAUUGAUGCAAA